AUGGUAGAAGAACUUAUAAGUGAUGAAGAAAUGUGUUUAGAUGAUUUUUUUAAUGUAUUCAAUAAUUUCAUGAAAACUCUUCAAGAUAAUUUAAUUCUUGAUUCUCUUCUUCUGCCUAAUGCUACCCUAUUUAUACGUGAAGAUGUUCAGCAUGGUAAAAUUUCUUCAGGCACAGAAUAUGUUGUUCCAUUAGAUACUGAUUUUGAAAAUUGGAUCUAUGAUUUUGGUUACAAUACUCAUACAAGUUAUGUGCAGGAAAGGACUGAAUAUAAUACUGGAAAUAUUGAAUUUCGAUACACUUACAAGUGUUAUCGCUCAGGAAAAUAUAAAAGCCAAGCAGAUCAAAAUCCUAUAAAAAAAGCAAGAAUUAUUCAAAAAGAUUCAAAAAAAAUUGGCAGUGAAUCUACAAUUAUAGUUACUAAAACUAAAGGAGAUUAUCCUCAAAUGAUUAUUAAAUAUACAUUAUAUUCAAAUCAUACUCCAGAUGUUAAAGCAAUUGGUCAAUUUUUUAGGAAACAAGCACAUGACUUAGAUAAAAUUUGGAAUCAAUGUAACAAUUUAAAACACAAUCUUUUAGAAAAUGGUGAUUUAACUUGUGCUAUAGCUCAAUCUGAAAGUAAUAAUAAUGAGAAUAAAGGACAACUUUUAGGUUUUAUAAUUCCUAUUACGAAAGAAAUAAUUUAUAACAUUAAUACAGUUUUACUUAAUACUACACAUAGUACUAAUAAAAAAAUUGAUCUACUUUAUACUCUUCUCUUACCUGAUUUUAAAACUGGAAAAGGGUUACCUCUUGCACAUCUUAUUUCUUCUUGUAAAA